AUGAAGGCACCCGCAAUCACCGCGCUGGCGGCGGCCGCCGCCGUUGCCGGCAGCAGUGCGGCUACCGGACAGAGGUACGCCGCAGUCGACAUGUCGCCGGCCGUUGUCGGGGGCGCCGGACUCGUUCCGCGCUUCUUCAUCGACGCACCAAAGCUCGCCGUCCGCGACGGCGGGAUAUGCAAACCAAAUUACCAUUCCUGCGUCGAUGUCGGCCACCCCGAGUCCUGCUGCGCAAACACAAACUACUGCUACGUCAAACCCGACAGCUCGCCGUGGUGCUGCCCCGUCGGCUCGACCUGCGACUCCAACUGCCCGGCGACAGCCUACCAAUGCCCAACGAUCAUGACCGUAACCACAACCGCCACCGUCUCCGUCUCGCGAUCCGCCGCCGCGGCCACAACCACAGCCACAGCCACAGCCGGCAGCGCGUCCGUCGUAAUCAUCACCACCACCUCGACAUCCUCAGCCUGCUGCGGCCGUGCAUGCCCCUCGGUCUCGGCCUUUCGCUGCGAAUCCCAGUUCGGCGGCGGCUGCUGCGCCUACGGCCAAACAUGCAUCUCCAACGGCGGCUGCCUGAGCACACUCUCCGCGCCGGCGCCCUCGUCCUCCGCCGCGCUGACCCCCGCCGACCCGGGAUGUACCGCGACCACGCAGCACGCGUGCGACGACGGGCAGGCAGGUUGCUGCGAUAACCUCAUGCACUGCACCGUCGUCAGCGGGACCGCGGCCUGCGCGCCGGGGAACCCGACGGCCACGGGGGGCGACGUGGAGUACACGACGGUUCCGGAUGGAGGCGGAGGGGCAGGAGGGGGCCUAUCGGCUGGCGCGAAGGCGGGAAUCGGGGUUGGUAUUGCGGUCGUCGGGUGUGCUCUCGCGGGCGUGCUGGCGUGGUUUUGUUUUGUACGUCGCCGGCGUAGGCGGGGGACUGUCACGGGCACGGCGACCAUGUCCCAGCGCAGCGGCGGCGGUCGCAGUAGGGGCGUAUCCGGCGCCGCGAGCGAGAGGCCUAGCCGCGGCGUGCGCGCCUUGUCGGACGUCACGUCCGGGUCUCGACCUAACGGGCCCGGCCGGGGCGCGACACAGGAUUACUUUGGUCCGGAUGCCGUUGCGGGGCCGUAUACCGAGACGGAGGAGACCGUUGCCGCCGCCGCCGCCGAUGGGUCGAGAACCGAGACCGGAGCCGGAACGGCGGGUACGCCCGGUCGAGGGAGGGGCGUGCCGCUGCAGGCGCAUUCGCCCAACGAUGUUGUCGCGCCCGUGGAGAUUGGUGAUUCGGUGGGCGGGAAGAGGGGGUACGGGUACGGGUACGGCCACAGCGUGACUUCCGUUCCCGAAGAGGAGGCGCGGGAGAUGCAGACGCCGUCUGAGGAGACGACGCACGGGAGGUACGAGCUGUACGGGUCCGAGAUGGUCUCGCCUUCAACGGGGGCGCCGCCUUCCUCCAUCGUGCCGACGCCGUCGAUGAUGACGCCGCGGAGUAUUGCGAGUGUUAGCAUGUUUGAUAGGUCACCGGGUCCCGCUCCAUCAGAGAGGAAAAGAGAGAGAUAG